AUGAGUCUAUCACCACUACCACCACCCCUAUCCAUUCCGCCGUCGCCAUCUUCCGGGCCACGAAAACGCUCUAUUCAUGAAGUUGAAGACGCUGCUAUACCUUCGUCGAGUCCUAAGAGGCCUUUGACAGAUCACCCUAGCGAGAACCAAGAGAACCACGACCCCGACAAACCCGCAGUGACAAAGGACACUUUGACACCCCCAAAAGAUAGUCCUAUCCCUGCCAACCCCAUGCCGAUUGUUGAUAUUCCAAUGAUGAGUCCGUCUCAAGGUAGUCCUGCGUCCACCAAUCCUCUUCCUUCGGCCGACACCAGUACCCAAAUGAAUCCCCCCGAAAAACAGCACAUAGGGCCCUCUGGGAAUGCAGGGUCGGAGGCAACUCCAAUUGCCAAGAAACGAAAGCUUUCCCCGGCUAGCCAACAAGCUAAGCAGCAGGAAAAGCAGCAGGAAAGGGACGCUAAGGAGCGACAGAAACUAGAGGAGAAACAACGAAAGGAAGAAGAAAAACGCCUAAAGGCAGAAGAAAAGGCGGAGGAGAAGAAGAAACGCGAUGCUGAGCGAGAAGAGGAGAAACGACUAAAGGAAGAGGAGAAGAAAAAGCGGGAGGCCGACCGCGAAGAGAAGAAAAAGGCCAAAGAUGAAGAGAAGGCAGCCAAAGAUGCUGCAAAGGAAGAGGAGAGGCGCAAGAAGGAGGAGGAGAAGCUGAAGAAGGAGAGAUCUCAAAUGAAGUUAAAUAACUUCUUCGCAAAGCCACAAGUACCUUCAUCGGCAUCGUCGGGUGUCCCUCUCUCGCCUAACAAGAGACGUGCCAGCGACGAGGCUACGGCUGAGACUGCACAACCAGCCGAAUCCGAUUACCAAAAAGCGUUUCCCGAGUUUUUCCUCCAAUCCCAUACAACUGUCGCCCCUCCCCAUAGAUUCGAGCGGGAUUCUGAAGCCCUCAAACAUGUUCGCGAAACUAUUGAUGUCAGUCUGGAUCCGACAAAUGACAGUCAUCAGCAUUUGCCAUUCCGUCCUUCCGAAAUCUUUCAUAUGAUUCCCUAUCGGCGACGCCGGGGCGCUCAGAGCAAGACUGUGCGAGAUAUUCUGCACCAGAUUCAGACUUCUCAAGGCGGUUCAACACCAUUGACGGAGACAAAAGGCCCAAAGCCUCAAGAUCAACUGCGACAUAUCACUAUGAAGUCCCUGAAAUUUGGGGAGGAUGUCCGCCCGCCUUAUCAAGGGACAUAUACCCGCAUUGUGCCGGAAUCGAUUGCGGUGAAAAUCUCGCGCAACCCGUACCACCGUGGCUUGCCAGAUACUAACUAUGAUUAUGAUUCGGAGGCUGAGUGGGAAGAGCCUGAGGAAGGUGAAGACCUCGACUCGGAAGAGGAGGACGAGGGCAGUGAUGAGGGCGAGGAUGAUAUGGACGGUUUUUUGGAUGAUGAGGACGAUGCUUUGGUAGGAGGCAAACGUCGUCUCAUUGUGGGAGACCUUGAGCCGGUCUCCAGUGGGAUCAGAUGGGCAACGGAUGGUGUGGAUGACGAAUUCAAACAAUAUCAGAUUCAGCCCAUCUCCGAUAGUGUCAAAUUCCCCGUCGAUCCAUUUUCCACGGCUUACUGGCAAAAGCCACGUGUCGUUGAACCACCGACUGCGAAGAACAAGGUUGCGUCAGGCCCAGCGUCCAACCGCGGGCAAACCCUGGACGUGUUCAGAGUUCCAUCCGGAACUGAUGCGACGGCUUUCAAAAAGAUUGUCGAUGGAUGCGAUUUGAGCAAACUCGGUGUGGUGGAACUCCUAAAGAAGCGAUUCCCGAAAGUAUCAAAGGACACACUAAAGACGACAUUGGACCAAGUUGCUGUUCGCGUUGGUCAGAAGGAAGUUGACAAGAAGUGGGUGUGUCGAGAAUAG